GUAACACAUAAUGCUCUGCAGAUGUUGGACGAUGAGAAGGAUGAAGACAUAGACGGUUGCGUCUGUUAUAUGAGGAAAUGUCUUGGACUCCCAUGCAGACAUGAAAUUCGUGCAAAGAUGAAUGCACGACGUGGUGUGUUUUAUGCAGAGGAUGUCCACAUUUUUUGGAGGACAUUUAUUUCGGGAUUCGGGGAUUCCCUAGAUGAAAGUGUUGGUUCUGUUCCCGACCACAGGUCACAGGCUAUUGGCAGGCUAGAAGGGUUAAUGAAUGAUUUGCGUGAGCGGUCAGAAAUUGAGAUCACGGACGUGACAGAUGCCAUUUUUGAACGAAUGCAUCCCGGGGCCAUGGAAAUGAAUGCGCCACAAGUACUAGACUGCCCGAGAGGUAGACCGCGGACGAACUCUACACUUCAUUUCUGCCUUGUUCCGGAGGUUGUGACGUGGACGGACGUUCAAGGGGAUGGUAAUUGUGGUUAUCGAAGCGUCGCGUGUGCAGUGAAGAACCACGAGGAUGAUUGGAUGGAUGUUAGAAUGGAUGUUUAUAACUGUAUUAAAACACACGAAGAGUUCUUCAAGGAUUAUUUCGGUGGUGGUAAUUUAGUGUAUCGGGUAUUGGCGAGUGUCGCUUAUUGGGACAACGCCCCAGCACCCUAUGAGAAGUGGAUGACUAUCACGGACGUGGGCGUGGUUGUGGCAACAUAUUACAACGCGUUGUUCUUGUCGGCUAGCAGCUUGGGCAAUCAGACUUAUUUACCACUUUGGGCUCCCGAAGGUGUUUCACAGUUAUCUUACGAGAUGACUAUACUAUUUCUUGAAUCAGGAAGCCACUUUGUGUAUGUGAAGAUGAAUGACAAUUGUCCGCUUCCUCCGUUUGAUAGACAGUGGGCGAGGUAUAGCAACAAUAGUGUUGCAUAUCUACCAGAGGCGUUGCGGAGUCGACGUGAAAUGUGGGAUAUUCUUAAUAGUGUUUGAUUUAGUUUUGUUUAUUUUGUUGGAAUGAAUGUGUUACUAUUGACAUUGUAUGUUAUUAUUAUUAUUAUGUUA